AUGCUUCCUUUCUCACGCUUCGUUCUCGGCCACCGUUCAAUUCCCUCUCUCCGCCACCGCCGCCGGCAACGGAGACUCCUGUCUAUCUCCUCCUCGCCAAACGUUCCGCUCUCACACCCGACUUACAUGAUAUGGGCGUCCAACACCUCCCUCGGCAAAACACUCGUCUCUACUGGUCUAGCUUCCUCCUUCCUUCUCUCCCGCUCCUCUUACGCCGAGCAUCGCAAGCUCCUCUAUCUCAAACCCGUUCAGACUGGAUUCCCGGCCGACUCUGACUCCCAUUUCGUCUUCUCCAGACUGUGCUCACUCGCUUCCCUGCGAAGCUCAGGAGGUCCUUCUCUCUCAUUUUCCGCCUCCAAUUCCGUUAUCAAAUCCUCUCUUCCGGCUGCUAUUGCCCUCUCGGGCCGAAAUUCCCUGCCCGGGGAACGAAUUCCCGCGUUCUGCGAUGUGAGCUUCCGCGAGGAAAGCAAAUUUCUACGGACCGCGGGUACCUGUUCUGCCGAGUUAGUGUGUGAAACGUUAUAUGCAUGGAAGGAAGCUGUUUCCCCGCACUUGGCCGCCGAGAGAGAGAAUUGUGCGGUGCCGGAUUCCUUACUGGUGGAGAUGUUGGAGAAGCAUUUGACGGCUUCUAUGGAAGGGGUGUUUCAGAAGGAGAGUAAACAGGACUUCUGUAUUGUUGAGACAGCUGGAGGUGUUGCAAGUCCUGGUCCGUCUGGAACCUUGCAAUGCGAUUUGUAUAGGCCAUUCCGUCUUCCUGGUGUUCUUGUCGGAGAUGGGCGGCUUGGUGGCAUAUCUGGGACUAUUUCAGCUUAUGAGAGUCUGAAACUUCGAGGUUAUGAUAUUGUUGCAGUGGUGUUUGAGGAUCAUGGACUUGUUAACGAGGUUCCAUUACUAUCAUAUUUCAGAAACAGGGUGCCUAUAUUUGUGUUGCCGUCCAUACCACUGGAUAUGUCAAAUGACCUAGUGGACUGGUUUAACGAUUCUGAAGCAGUAUUCAAUUCUCUUAGGGAAAUAAUGGUCUCAACAUUUUCAGAAAGGAUACAGAGAUUGAAUGACAUGCCAAAGAAAGCAGGGGAUAUUUUAUGGUGGCCAUUUACUCAGCACAAGCUUGUACCUGAAGCCAGUAUAACUGUUAUCGAUUCACGAUGCGGGGAGAACUUUGCAGUUUAUAAGGAUAGAAAGGGUGGAUCAAUAACGCAGCAAUUUGAUGCAUGUGCUAGCUGGUGGACUCAAGGGCCUGAUGCUGCUCUACAGAUUGAGCUUGCAAGAGAAUUGGGCUAUGCUGCUGGACGAUUUGGUCAUGUGAUGUUCCCGGAGAAUGUUUAUGAGCCAGUAUUAGAAUGUGCAGAACUUCUGCUCGAGGGUGUAGGCAAAGGUUGGGCUGCCAGGAGUUACUUUUCUGAUAACGGGUCAACUGCGAUUGAAAUUGCCCUCAAAAUGGCAUUCCGCAAAUUCUGUAAUGAAAAUGAUGUGCUUCCUGUCAGGAGCAAUACUGUUGGGAGAUGCUUUGACCUGAAGGUAUUAGCUCUUAAUGGGUCUUACCACGGUGACACAUUGGGUGCAAUGGAAGCUCAAGCACCAUCAUCAUAUACGGCCUUCAUCCAACAGCCAUGGUACAGUGGAAGAGGUUUUUUUCUGGACCCUCCUACUGUUUCUAUAUGCAACAAUAUGUGGAUUGUCUCUUUACCGGCUGGCAUGCAUUCAGGGGAUCUGUAUAAUGUGGUGACAACCUACAGUUCCCGGGAUGAAAUAUUUCACAAGAGCAGAGAUAAGUCAGAUCUUGCUCAGGCUUAUUUGUCAUACAUAUCAGAACAGUUGGUUUCGUUCUCAGAUAAAGAACCAUCAGUCCAGAUUGGAGCCUUAAUUGUAGAACCAGUUAUACAAGGAGCUGGAGGUAUGCUUCUCAUUGAUCCACUUUUCCAACGGGUUCUAGUCAAUGAAUGCCGAGGGAAAAAGAUUCCAAUUAUAUUCGAUGAAGUUUUUACUGGGUUCUGGCGUCUUGGUGUCGAGACUGCAGCAGAACUACUUGGAUGUGUACCUGACAUAGCCUGCUUCGCAAAGCUGAUGACUGGUGGUGUUAUACCGCUGGCUGCUACAUUGGCCACAGAAGCAGUUUUUGAUUUGUUCACUGGUGACUCAAAACUGAAUGCCCUCUUGCACGGACACUCUUACUCUGCACAUGCAAUGGGGUGCACUGCUGCUACUAAAGCGAUCAAAUGGUUUAAAGAUCCCAAGUCUAAUGCUAAUAUCCUUUCUGAAGGAGGGUUGCUUAAGGAGUUGUGGGACCCAGAGCUGGUAGCACGGAUAUCUUCCCAUCAUUCAGUCCAAAGAGUGGUUGCAUUAGGGACGGUAUUUGUUGUAGAACUACGAGCUGAAGGGAACAAUGCAGGGUAUGCUUCAACAUAUACAAGAGGACUUAUUAUGAAGUUGCGGGAAGAUGGGGUGUACAUGAGGCCACUGGGCAACGUCAUCUAUCUAAUGUGUACACCUUUAACGUUGCCUAGUACCUGCAGGGGGUUGCUUGUCAAACUUCUCAGGAGACUGCAACAGUUCGGCGAACCCUCGAGUUAA